AUGGCGCAGGGACCGAGCUCGUUCUUCCCCGGCAUGGAGGGCGCAAGGACGACCCCCCCGGUCUCACACGAGGAGGAGCGAGCGAGGGACGGGAUCGACGCCGUGCUGGAUGACCUCGUGUCGUCGGGGAUAGCUCCGGUCGACAUCGAGGAGUACCUGAAGGGAUUAUCCGUCGAGGACGGGCUGGGGAGUUGGUGCCCGCCGGAGCACAGCAUGUCUGUGUACGGAGGGGCUGCAGUGACAGGGCGUGAUGGGGAGCUGUUUGAGAGCGUUGAGAUGCUGUGGGAGUGUAGGGAGGAGAUGGAAUGGGAGGGUUGGAACAAGUGUGUUUACCUAGAUGAGUUGUAA